AUGGAUCAUGCUUUUUAUGAAUUUGGGUCGAAUUCAAUUCAUCGUCUUGAAUUUUCUGUAGAACUUUAUGCAUUGGGCAUUGAUGCGCAAACGGAAUCUGUAAUGUCUGGAGAGGCUUCAUAUGGCCUUAAAGAAAAUAACGUGACAAAAUUCGGCUUAAAUGUCAGGAAGAAUGAGAAAAAUGGGUUCCCAAGGCGACUGAAUCGUGGAAUAUCUAAGUUUUUUGUGCAGCUCCAAAGUUUUGUUAAGUUACGGCUGAGCAGAUUAGCUAAACAGGAUGGAAUGAAUUUGGUGAGAUCUGCCCAAAGAAAUGAGAACAAGUCUUUCAGUUACUCUGAAGCUGAACUUAAUGAGCAGCUACAAGCAUGGAGAGAAAAUCCAACUUGGGUCGAUAGGCCACCAUUAAUAAAGGUCACUGCUCCUAAAGGUUCUCUUUGCAACCUCAAUGCAGAAGUUGAUGUUGGGCUGCCCCCUGAUGCAGUAUAUAAUAUAGUGACAGAUCCUGAUAAUAGAAGAGUUUUCAAAAAUAUCAAAGAAGUGAUAUCCAGAAAAGUUUUGGUUGAUGAGGGUCAUAGGCAAGUGGUAGACCUCGACCAAGCAGCCAUUUGGAAAUUUCUUUGGUGGUCCGGGACUAUUUCGAUUAAUGUUUUGGUAGAUCAAAACAGGGAAGACCACUCUAUGAAGUUCAAGCAAACCAAGACUGGAUUCAUGAAAAACUUUGAGGGUUGCUGGAGGGUAGAGCCUUUAUUUGUUGAUGAAGCAAUCUGCCAUCCCUUUAAGCCUAUGACAAAGGAAGACUAUAAUGCAUGUACAAGAGGCAAAGGAAGAAUUGGAUCUAAAGUUAGCCUGGAACAAAUACUCCAGCCAGCAAUUGUCCCUCCUCCUCCCAUUUCAUGGUAUUUGAGAGGAAUUACUGCCCGGACAACUGAGAUGCUUAUAAAUGAUAUGCUUGCAGAGACUGCUAGAAUCAGAGGAGGAUAUGAGGCUGAAAAGUCCAAGACAGAGGAGCUGCAUGGAAAAUCUGGUGAAAAGGUGGACCUGGUUGCUAACUCAAAUGAUAUUAAAGAAAGAUGGAUUUUGCGUAGAAAAAAUGCGAAGCAGAGUCAUAGAAAACAGCUGACUGCUAAGUAA